CCGGAGGCGGGGCCGCCCGCACAGUUAAAUCGGAACCCAGGCCAGGCCCGCCGGUCUCCUCGCCACCGCCACCGCCAUGAACCAGUCCCGCGCUGCCACGCGCCUGCGGACCCUGCUGGGACACCUCGGGGGCCCCCCGGCCGAGGCCGCAGUAGCUCAUCCCACUUUAGGAUCUAGUUCCUUUGCCAAUUUCCAUCCUCAGCAAUUCCAGUAUACUUUGGAUAAUAAUGUUCUAAGCCUGGAACAGAGAAAAUUUUAUGAAGAAAAUGGGUUUCUUCUCAUUAAAAAUCUGGUAUCCGAUGAGGACAUUCAACGCUUUCAGAACGAGUUUGAAAAAAUCUGCAGACAGGAGGUAAAACCACUAGGGUUACAUAUAAUGAGAGAUGUGACCAUUUCGAAAUCAGAAUACGAUCCAAAAAAUGAACAAAUGGUUUGCAAGAUCCAGGAUUUCCAAGAAGAUGAGGAGCUCUUCAGAUACUGCACUCUCCCCGAGAUUCUGAAAUAUGUGGAGUGCUUCACUGGACCCAAUAUUAUGGCCAUGCAUACAAUGAUGAUAAACAAACCUCCCGAUUCUGGCAAGAAGACAUCCCGUCAUCCCCUGCACCAGGACCUGCACUAUUUCCCCUUCAGGCCCACCGAUCGCAUCGUUUGCGCCUGGACAGCGAUGGAGCACAUUGACCGCAACAAUGGUUGUCUGUGCGUGAUCCCGGGCAGCCACAAAGGCCACCUGCAGCCCCACGAUUAUCCGCAGUGGGAGGGGGGAGUUAACAUAAUGUUCCACGGGAUCCAGAACUUCAAGGACUAUGAUGCCCGCGUGCACAUCCAGAUGGAGAAGGGGGACACCCUUUUCUUUCAUCCUUUGCUGAUCCAUGGGUCUGGUCGGAACACAACUCAAAGAUUCCGGAAGGCAAUUUCUUGCCAUUUUUCCACUGCGGAUGGCUACUACAUCGACGUGAAGGGCACUACACAAGAAAACAUUGAGAAGGAAGUUCAGGGGAUAGCAAGUCGACUCUAUGGGGUUGAUAACACCAACUUGAAGGAUUUUUGGAUGUUUCGGGCUCGACUGGUGAAAGGAGAAAGAACCAACCUUUGAAAUAGCCCUUUGCUACAACUGUUUUAAAGGAAACCAAAAUGAAACAGGGUCUUUAAAAUUUCCACAAUUGUACUAAUUAGGAUAAAUCCUGGAAACACAGGAUUUGUAUAAUAAAUUCUAAUCAGGCAACAUA